AUGAAUACACAAAGAAAUAAUGCUGAAGGAACAUCUGGAUCUACUAGUAAAGGCGGAAGUAAAAAAGGAAGGAAAUUAAAAACUCUUACAGCUAUUAAAAAAAAGGAAUUAUGUGAAUAUAAACGUGAUAAUCCAUCCAAGUCACAUGAAACAAUUGCUGAAUUAUUUGAAAUAAGUAAAUCAACUGUGGAUUCACAAAACUUAAUUUUCUCCAACAAACGUAAUCAUAUAAGUGAGGUAUGGAAUUAUUUUGAGAAAAUCGAAUGGGGAAAGGACAAAAAAAUUGCAAAAUGUAUAAUUGCAAAAUGUACACACAAUGCUUUUUCCUGUGGAAAGGAAGGUACAACAAGGCCACUCUGGCAUCAUUUGGAGAAUUCACAUUGGAUGGUUUAUGUUAAGACUGAAGAAUAUUAUAAAAAAAAGAAAAAAACACAAAUAGAAAGUGGAAACAUAGAGGAAUUUUUAAAAAAGUCAUCUGUGUCUCCAGUCAACUCCUCCACUACUAUUGAUAAUGAAAAAUUUCAUGAUAUGAUUGCCAUUUGGCUCAUCAAUUGUCAACGUCCAUUCCUCACAGCAGAAGAUCCUGAACUUAUUGAAAUAUUUAGAUAUUUGAAUCCCAAUGUCAAACCAGUGAAGGCUGAUGCAAUUAAGAAUACAAUUAUGAAACUUUACAAAGAGGGAAAGAGAGAGUUAAAGGUGUACCUCUCCACUAUAAAUUCCAAAAUUUCUUUUACAUCAGACCUUUGGACCUCUCCCAAUAACAAGGCCUUUGUUUCCACCACAGCUCAUUACAUUGAUGAUGACUGGGUCCUUCAUGAGACAGUUGUUGAUUUUGGUUUGAUGAAAGGGAAACAUGAAGGUGUAAAAAUUGCUAAUGGGUUUUUUGAUGUGUUGAAGGAUUAUGACAUUAUAUCAAAAUUUCAAGCUAUUACCUUGGACAACGCCUCUAAUAAUGAUACAUUUGUACGGGAAUUAGCAACAAAAUUAAGAGAAGAAACAGAGACUGAGGAACUCAACUCUGCUAUUCGUACCUCACCUCAAUGGGUUGAACUUCUUGAAAAUGCUUGCAAUGCAUGCAAAAUUAAAGUUCUCAAGCCUAUCCUUGAUUGCACUACGCGUUGGAACUCUACACAUGAUAUGAUUAGGAAUGGUCUUUAUCUUAAACCAGCACUCAACACCCUCACUAGCAUUCAUGAUGACCUUCAUCAGUAUGCCAUCUCUCAUACACAGUGGGCUACUCUUGAAAAAAUUGUUGAAUUCCUUGAACCAUUCAAAGACCUUACGUUAAAGAUGUCAACUAGCUCAUAUAGUACAGCCUACCUUAUCAUCCCUCUCUUCAAUAUUAUUAUUGAUCAUGUUGAAGAUACAGCAGAUUUAAGUGAAGGUGAAGUGACUGGGAAAAUUCAGAUAGCAGCUAAAGCAGCAAGAGAUAAGUUAAAAGGAUUUCUAGAUGAUGAUAUCAGUGAAACAAAAAUGCUGAUGCGACAUCUCCUUGAAAUACAUUAUACAUCAACAUCCAUAUCUAUCACAAAUUCAUCAUCAAUUAAUGAUAGUAAUAGUAACACCAAUAGGACAGUCACACAAUCAAUGCUAGAUGCAGACUUUGAUGAAGAUGAAAAUGAUGUAGAUGAACUUGAAUGUUAUAUUUCUGAGAAACCAGCAAAUAAGGAUACAGAUGUAUUGGCAUGGUGGAAGGCCCAUCAGAAACAGUUUCCUCAUCUUGCUUGUAUAGCCCGUGACUAUCUUUCAAUUCCUGCAACCUCCACUUCCUCUGAACGCCUCUUUUCUUCAAGUAAAAAUAUGAUCACAGAUAAAAGAUGUAAGUUGGCACCAAAGACUGUAAGAGCAGGACAAUGUCUUAAAUCAUGGAUGCAGGGGCCUUUGAAGGAGAAGUUGGGAAUUUAUUCAAGCAAAUAA